CAGCUCGGCAGAUACGCGGGAACAAGACACAACAGUAAUGCGAGUAAUGCAUGCUUUCUCGAAAGAAUCAUCUGACUCUUUGUUAUUUUUUUCGAGAGACAUUUAAUUUGGACAACAAACCUGAACCAUGCUUUUUAUUGAUUUUAUUAAGUUAAGGAUGAGGUUAUGAUAGAAGCAAAAGGAAAGGUGCUCAACAUGUCCAAUAUAAACUGCAGUUCACCCAGUUCACCAGAACAACACUCAAUGUCAGAUCCGAUCGUUAUUCCAGAAACUCCUGUGAAAUCAAUUGAAACAGAAACACCAGGACUCCUUCCUGAGUUUAGAAAUUUAUUAAAAGUUCCUGGAUGCUCAGAAAAUCAGGAGGCAAACAAAAAAGUUUCAGCGGCUAGAAAUUUGAGUAUGUUAUUUAAUCAAAAGAAACCUGCGCCAAAAUUGGGAAACGUGAGCAAGAAAGUAUCUCCAGCCACCCGUAAGUCUGCGACCAAGAGGCGAAAAUCCAAUAUUGGCCACGCGAUCAAGCGUCCAAAGCACAGUGUCAACAGUCCAGUUGCCCUCAGCGACAAUGUGAAAGCCAUUCUUGAGAAGAAAAAGGCGUUCGCCAUCAGCACAAACAGUGACAAGGACGUCGUGCAAAUCCAAACUCAGGUAAACAGUUUGUUGGGCGCCCUGGCGGAGCCGUUGCAGGAGGAAAAACAUCUGAAUGUGCGGAUGGAAGAAAUAAACAAACUCAUUAACAUCGUGGAAAAUCCUGUUGUUGAAAACACACCUCAAGAAGCAGCCAAAGUGCUUGAUGACAGUGAAAUGGACCUGCUGAUUGACAAAAUACUCGGCUGCGAGACCCUUUUAAGUCCUCAGCCUAACUGCAUGCUGCCUGAACCUGAACUCAGGGAUUUUGAGCAAGUGGUCAGCAGGGUGGACAGUACCCCUGAGACCGAUUUGUUUGCCGAGGAGGAGGAGGAGACUAACAAUAAGAAACUCUUUCCCGUGUUCAUCAAAGGAGCGACAAACAAGUAUCUAGAGUCUUCUUUGAAAUCUUCAAAUCUGAGCAAAUCUUCCACGGUGCUGCCUUACAAAGACUCUGGGGACAAGGAACAAAUGAUUCUCGACGCAGGUCAGAAGAAGUAUGGACAGGUGGAAUGUCAGAAAUGCGGCUGUGUUUACGAUCCUGAUGACCGGAAAGACGUGGAAAACCACCUGGAAUAUCACAACAGGAACAAUGUGAUUCUUCGACAUAAGGGUUGGAAGAACGAACGAAUUGUAACGCUCUGCCCUAAUGAGGGAAGAGUAAUCCAAAUAAUAAAAAGCGAUCCAUCAUUGUGGUGGCGCCGAAUCAAAGAAGUUCUGGUCACCAUUGACUUUGAGCUGGGAAUCGUCGGUGGCGAAGAUCUGGAAGAGCACAAAAACUGCACGGUGUACAUGUACGUCCAGAAAAAGCAGAUAGUGGGCUUUUUGCUGGCUGAGGACAUAUCACAGGCUCACAGGAUGCUCGACUCAUCUGAAAUUCUUUGCUCUGAGGAGACUUAUCCAGUCCUCUGCGGAAUCUCAAGACUUUGGACCGUGGCACAUGCGAGGAGAACAGGCGUGGCCACCAAGUUAGUCAACACUAUGCGGGAGACCUUCGACCCCCGCAUGACCCUUGCUGUGGACGAGUUUGCUUUUACAACCCCAUCGAGUUCAUCAGGUCGAGAAUUCGCCACGAAGUACACUGGAAACUCAAGCUUUCUAGUUUACUGAAUCUCUUAAAAGCAGAUCUGAAUUUUUAUCUAAUCUCAAAACUAACUUUGUUUAAGGAGACAGAAGAUGCAUUAUUUAUCAAUACCUUAAGAAGGGAUUUAAAGUAGAUAGCAAAGUUGUUUUAAUUCUCAAGACUGAGUAGGUUAAGAUUUGAAUCAUAUGUAUUGCAAGCAUCUUUUUUAAUUAAAUCAGCUGCUGUUAGUAUUUGCAAGGAACAAAAUUGAGUAUUAAUUGUAAAGUGACAUUUAAUUAAAACUCGUUAUUCACUUUUAAA